UGUGCUCCGGAAGUAGUAAUCACGAAGGCGGAUGUUGACUCCGCGGACAGUGGUAACCCAAAGCAAUGGCGGGGGAUUCUUCAACUGAGCUUCUUUUUCUAGAUACGUUUAAACACCAAAGCGCCGAGUUUACCAAUGUGGAUGUGGUACGUUUCCCCUGUGUGGUGCUGAUCACAGAAGUCCGUGUCAUUCCUCCCGGAAUCAAAGCACAUACCAACUUACCUGAGAGCAGAGCAUGCGGUGAGACAUCCCCUCAUGCUUUCCAGCUGGAGCUGUUCUUUAAUAAUGUACCCAAACCCAACAGCCCAACGUUCAACAGACUCGGCAGUCUGGAGUAUGACGAGAACAAAUCGAUUGUCUUCAGACCCAAUGGAAAGAUCAACACAGAUGGCCUGGUGCUGCGUGGCUGGUACACCAGCCUGACCUUGGCUGUGUACGGCACAGCGGAGCGUUCGCAUGAGCAAGGCUCGCCCCCUCCGCCACCUCCACCCCCGCCUCAGCAGCCGUGCGGGGCCAAACGACUUGUUAAACAAGAGUGGGAAAAAGAUGACCAAUACAAUGGCAGCCCACCACGACCAGCACCCCGAGGGCCUCGCACUCCACCUGGACCCCCACCCCCUGAUGAUGACGACGAAGAGCAGGUCCAAGCACCAGGAUCAAGCAUGGGCAUGGUCAAAGUUGAGCCACGUGAGGGCCGUGAGGACUACCUGGAGGCUGUGUCGCCUGAACGGUCGCUGGCUGCCGAUGAAGCAUACUCCGACGCUGAACAGGAGGAGGGUGAGGACGAAGAGGAGGGGCAAGAAGAGGAAGAAGACAUGCGGACGGAGGGGAGCGUUCCAGAGGACGAGGAAGAAGAGGACGAUGAGGGUGAGGACGAGGAGAUGGAGGAAGGUGAUGACGGCUAUGAGCAGAUUUCCAGUGAUGAGGAUGACCUGGAUAACGGCACCUUUAAGCUGCCCUCCUUUGACAUGGACUACACACCUGAGGACCUUGCAUCUGUCCCACCAGUCCAGUUUGACCCCUACGAACGAGAACUCCGACCACUGGUCUACUUCACGCCUCCGUACAAGUCACUGUUCGAAACCCAACUUGAGAAACCCCGCGUGGAGGAGCCCAAGGACUCCAGCAGUCCUGAGGGAGUAGCAGGUGGAGAGGACACUGAUGCUUUUGUGCAGCUGAAAGAACUGCUAGGAAGCAUUGGAGAAGACAGAGAUGUCCGCUGGGUCACUGCCUUGGAAGAAGCCUCAGGACUUCUUGCCAAGGGCUUGGUGUGCCUCAUUAAACAGGGCGAGUCUGUGGCCAGGGAAGAGCAUGUCAGCCUUUUAUCCCAGUGGGCUCUCCAAGCAUUAAGUAUGGAGAUUGCCCUCACACAACCAAUUGCUCUGAACCUCAGGCAACUGAAAGCAGGUGCCAAGCUAGCGUCGUAUCUAGCGGAGUGUCCACAGGGCCUGAAGGCGCUCCUUCGUGACGGAGCUCUGGACGUCCUGUUGGAUCUCCUCCAUAGGGACCACGUCUCCUCCACAUUGAAACUGAGUCUUCUCAGGGCACUUGACGCUCUCAUCAGUUCUGCUGUUGGGGUAGAGGCUUUCCUCGAUGCUGGCGAGACAGAGAAGAGUGGCUAUCAGCGUUUAGUGCAGCUGUUCCUACGUGAUGAAACGGUGAGGGUCAUAACUGCCGGCAAUGCCAUUCUUCAGAAAAGCCACGUUUUUGAGGUACUGCUUGACCUUCGCCGUACAGCAGCAGCAUGGAGUGAGCCACAGCAGGAGGAUAUGGAGGAUGUUGACACGCCAAUGGAGGAGGAGCCGGCCCUGAGUUCCUCCGCUGUGAGUGAAGCAGAGCUCGAUCGGUUGGUGGGUGCUUUGGAGGAGUUGUAUCAGCUGCUGGAGACCGCCCCUCACUGCAUGGUGCAGCCCCCGGGGAAAGCAUUUCCAACUUCUGUUAGAAUAACAGGACCACAGGAGAGAGAUGAUCCAUACCCAACACUUUACAGGUACUUGCAUGCUUGCCAUUUCUUGGAGAGCACAUCAGUGGUGCUUUCUGCAGCAGCGGCGGCUGGACACUUGGGCAUCAUUCAAGCCGUGAGAGAGCUCCUUCGCUUCCUGUCGCUCACGCAGUCGGGUCUGCUUUUCCUUCUCGCCCAACCCACUCCCACCAACUUACUCCUGCGCCUUCUCGCAUCCGUGGCUGAGAACGACGGGGAGGAGACGGCCUUCACGGGAGGCGAGGGAGCUCUCACCGGGCCCGGCUUUGGUGAAGAAGGCUUUGGCGUGUGGCUCAUGCAGGCCCUACAUGCUCUCCAAGGGGUAUCGGAGCUCAUGAACCAUGUGACCUCAGGCGUAGACGGAUCAGUGAACUUGGAUGAAGGUGACAAUCCGGAUGUCCUGGCCAUCCUCCAUUCACUCUACCUGAUGACAUUCACUGUGACGGGCCGCAGUGCUGUGGCACACGUUUUGAGUUUGGACAACAACUUGUCCUGUCUGGUCACACUAUUGCAGCACUACAGCAAAGAAGGACAAGGUGAGGCCAAGACUCGCAAAGCAGUGACAUAUAACUAUGCGUGUAUGCUCAUCUUAUUGGUGGUGCAAAGCUCAAAUGAACUGCGUAUGAUGGAACAGUAUGCUGCUCCACUGCUCUCCAUAGCCAAGGCGGAUGAGACCAAUGCCAAGCUCCAAGAGCUCAACAAAUGGCUGGAGCCUUUGGAAAAACUGCGCUUUGAGAUCGGCAGCAUCUUACCACUCCUGGACUAUGUCAAACAGAAUGUGGAAAACGUGUUGACUCCAGAGGGAACUGGAUUGGUCACUGCUCUCAGAGUGAUCUGCCACAUUGCCUGCCCCCCGCCUUCAGUUGGAGGUCAGCAAAGGGACCUGAAGUGGAGUCUUGCCUGUGUUCAGCUGUUCUCCGGCGAGGGUCUGGAUACAUGCGUGCGCGUCCUGCAAAAGCUGUGUGGGGUGCUGCUACAGCCGUGGCGCUUGCACGGAAACAUGGGCCCCACGCCACAGCGCUGCAUGAUCCUCCACGUGUGCAUGAGCACGCUGCGGUUGUUGCGCACCAUGCUGACAGAGCUGCUCCGUGGAGGUGCCUUCCAGUUCAGAGACACUCGCGUGGCCAGCGUGUUGGUCAUGCUCCACAUGAUAGUUUGCUCCAUCCCUGCAUCGGGACGACUAGAUGGGGAGGAAACCAGAGUGCAGGCUCUUAUUGUUGAUGUGCUCCUCACUUUUACGCAAGGUGUCAAUGAAGAGGUGACGCAUACAGAAGAGACGCUGGCCAGUAACACAUGGUCACUGAUGCUCAAGGAAGUUUUACUAUCAUUACUGAAGGCUCCCGAAGGGCUCUUCUCUGGUCUAACACUGUUGACUGAGCUCCUGCCGCUGCCGCUUCCAAUGCAAAGCACUCAGGUGUUGUCGGUACAAGACGUUGCGGUGGCCUUAAACACGAGGAAGCUGUGGAGUAUGCACAUCCGGGCACAGUGGAAAGUGUUCUCCGAGGCUUUGCAAUGUGUGUGCGCCACCAGCUGCCCUCCGCUCUUGGCCAUUCUCAGGAGAGUGUGUCUUCAGCUGGCUGACCUGUCUUCUCCCACCGCCACCCUCAUUAUGAAAACUUUGCUGGAACUGCUGUUGGAGGAGUUACAGCCAGUGGAGGGGAAAGCCCCGUGCUGGGCCCAAGUAUUGCGGCUGCUUUCUUUGACUGAUGCGCUAGCAUCACAGAGAGCUUGUAAAUGUGCCACAUUACACCUGCUCUCUGGGUCGGUGUCUGGAGAUGAACAACUGGCAGAUCUCUUCCCCUUGCUGCUGCCUCUGCUGGUGCCCCCCGUCAACCACUCGUUACAGCAACAACAAUGCAGCGAACUAAUGGGAACAAUAAUACAGUCACUGUGUGACCAGGAUAUUUCUCUGGUGAUAUCUCAAGGAGGUGACGGCUGCGUGUCAGAGGUGGAACAGCUGGCCAAUGCACUCCCAGGCCGAGAGAUGCUGUCAGCCAUUUGCAACUCCUUGAUGGAGGUUUUGGCAAAUAGAAACAGCAGUGCACCUCUUCUUCUUACCUGUAUCAGGACUUUAACAUUCCUCACAGAGCACGACUAUGGACUUUACCAUCUGAAAGUAGCUCUGAAGAAACACAAUACUGGCUUAUUCUCACUUCUGAAGAGAUUGGUGUUUCCCUUCAUCAAGGACUCUGCAGACCUGCUCUCAGCUUUGUUGGACUUCCUCCGACAGAUUGUGAACACAGAACCAGUGUGUCAUGAGGAGGGCCAGGCAUCCGUCGAGGAGACAUCUUUUGUUCCUCCUCCAAGGUUACUGAGUGGAUCUGAGAUGAAGGCUCUCCUGCAGUGGGAAAAGUCAGACACUCAUCCUCUUCUGACUUUCGAGAAACAAAUCAAGAAACUUUGUAAGGAGGAUGAUUCACUGGAGACCCUAAUGGAGAGCGUGACAGUCCUGAGGCAAAUGCUCGAGGCUGCUGGGAAUGAGCCUCCUGCAGUUGAUACCGAGCCCACUCUGCCAGCGCCUGAGACUCUCGCAACUCAGUUUAAUCACAGGACCGUUUUUAUUCUUUCCGAAGCACUUGAUGAGCAACUUAAGGCUCUUUGGUUCUCUCCUUUCCAAACGGAUGAUAUAGAGACUGAACUUGACAUGGUGAAAGUGGAUCUGGUGGGUUUGGCUCAGGAAUGUUGCCCAGAACUGGACUUGAAGGCAGAGCUGGAGCGCUCCUUCCUGUCUGAGCCCUCCUCGCCAGGUCACGCCAAAGCUCAAAAGGGCUUCCGACUGGGGAGGCACAAGCACGAGACUUUCAUUACAUCCAGUGGUAAAUCAGAUUAUGUGGAACCUGCGAAGAGAGCACACAUCAUGGCGGCUCCGCGUGGCCGAGGAGGUCGAGGGGGAUUAGGACAGAACUUUUGCCGACCCCAUGACAUCUUCCGCCAGCGCAAACAGAACACUUCCCGUCCUCCCAGCAUGCACGUGGAUGACUUUGUGGCAGCUGAGUUUAAAGACAUUACCACCCCAAUUGGACUUUUGCCUCCCAAGCGACCCCUAAAAAGCUCCCCAAAGCUGCCCACCAGAGGACUCUUCACUGGAAACAGAGGCAGGGCCACCUUCCACAAUCAGACUCGCUUUUUCACCCCACCGCAGCCUAAAAGUGUACUACUCUCUGGUAACUACCCUCGUCGAGACGGAGGCCGAGGUUCAUCAUGGAGCGCACAAGUGCCCGCCGUCACUCACAGAGGAACGUACAGCGAACCACGCGGAGGCCAAAGCAACUUCACGCGAGGACCUCUGCCCUCACGACAACUUCCUGCAAAUGCGUAUCGCUUGGCUCCACGUGAUCGCGCUCCACGUGGCCGAGGUGGCACUGGGCUUUCGUGGCUAAACGCUGGAGGUGGAGGAGGCGCAGGCGGCAACGUCGGAGGUGGAGGUGGUGGAGGAGGGAGGGGCUCCCAGGUGAGCAAGUUUGGCAGCGGGGGAGGGAGUGGAGGCGGUAGGGGCCGACACGUCCGCUCCUUCACCAGGUAAAUUCACCUGGGCAUUGACUGAAAGCCUGCCAAGGCUCCAAACGGACCAAUUAGGUUGUUUUAUGCUAUCUCCAUGGAUUGAUGUCUGUGGAUAUCUUUGUGUUGAUUUGUUAUUGAGUUGUAACCAGAGAAUAAAAUUCAUAGUACUGGUUAUUGAG